GGUAGUCGCGAGAACGGCGUGCGUAUCGCGUGUCAGUUAUAUCGCGGCAGUGAUCGCCGCCGGGCGCACGCGUAAUGUUCUUCCGCGAAUCUUCGUCAAUCAGUGAAACAAGUCGUGUGUAGAAUCGAAAAAUGUGUCGUGAACAUGUCGCGUUUUCGCGCGUUUAAUUGACCUGAUAUUAUUUCGUUUCGUAUCGCGGUGCUUCUCGCGUCGACAAAGUGACGCUUGUCGACGUUAUCGCGCGUAUCAGCGUCGCAGGAGAAUCGUACGAACUGUACAUUGAAUUAUGCAAGGAUACACACGGUCGUUCGUCGAGUAUAAACUCUUCCGGAGAGUAAUAAACGCGAAUGUUAUGAUCAUUUCCAACUCUAUUGCGAUGUGAAGCACGUGGAAAUAAAGACACGAGAAGCAAGGAUCGCGCGUAAAUUUGCUUGUCCGAGGACAAAGGAUUAGUCUCUGUCGCAUCAAUUAUUGUUUUUGCGCGAGUUUUUGUCUUUGUGUGUCUUGUAUCGAUUGUGUAUCCCGCUCGCGAAGCAAGCUUCGAUCGAAAACAAACAUUAUGAAUAUCGUACGAGUGAGCGAAUGUCUCGAUCUCGACAUGACAACAGUGGGCAAAUUUUCCGGUAUCAACAUGAAGUUUGUUGUCAAUGACACACGUUUCAAAGGCUGAUCGGCGAUGCGUGAUGAAAACGUAGAUCAUUUCAAGCGUAAUUUGUGAUUCGCAACGGCGUGUACACGACGAUCCUGUCUGGUAAACUCGAUAUCAACAAGCGAGAUUAUAGUUGUCAUCUAGUUAACUGUCAUUUUUCUGAUUCGCGAGUCGCUUCGUGGAUCGCGUGACAUCUACGCGGGAUUUCGAUGCGCGCGAUUUGCAUCUCGACGUAAUCGUGACGUAACCGGCGCGUUUAUCGAUCGACGAUCUCGUUCUCGUGUGAAAGUCAGUGUCCUUGCAAUUUCGAUUCUCGUAACCGCGUUCAACGUCAAGUGACGUUGACCGUCCGCGAUGCCGUGAAUUUUCGACCGUCAAACAUUCAUAAAUACUCGAUUCGCGAGUGGUGCCACGAACAUUGUCCUCGACAUUUUGUGGAAAGAGGAUCGCCAGCUUCUAAGUCGGCAGGAGUGUUCGAGACAACGGCGCCGAUCAUCAUCGCCAUCGCCAUGGCUUACGUGCUGUGGCGAGUAUUUAUGAAAAAAUAUUGCAAAGUAAGAUUGGGUAUCAGGAAUGCGCCGGAUCGUGGAGAUUUCGCUUCCCUGGUCCGGAACUUGCUCGGACCGAUUUAUGGCGAUAGUGUUAUGGAUUUACUGAUAAGACAAGCACGGGAUAUCCUGGUUUGCGCUUAUCAUGGUAACUUGGAGAAUUUUGUCCGGGCUUAUCUGUCACCUGCUGCAGCCUUACUAGCGGAAAUCAAGAGUAUAGUCUCCGAAACGGGAAACGAGGCGGUGGUGCCCGAAGGCUGGCCCCUAACGUUAGGCGGCAGUGGUCUGAUCCUGCAUCUGGGUGAGCUCGAAGCGUCCGCGCUGCGUCUCGGGGAAUGUUACCUCUGCGUACGCAGCGUGUCUGCUGCAACUACAACUGCAACCACCUCGUCGGUCAACGGCGUUAAGACUGCCGGUAAAGCCGCCGAGCAAAAUACCGUUGAGAUAGCAGUAGUCUGGCGAACUACGUCGAUGAGGGCUCCGGGGAUCUUAGGUUGGGAUCGUGAGGACGAGUUCAUGGACUGGCGAGAAUUGAUGAACAAGGGUCAGCCGAACUCGUCAGCAAGCACGGCGAGCUCGAGUCUCGGCGGGGCGCAAUCCUCUGGCGCGAUGAAGGCCACCGGUCGUCCGCGACGAAGAUCGCGCGAGGAUGCGCGUCCAAGGACACGCGAGACCAGCAGCGUCGAGCAUCGUCGAGAGGAGGCCAGAUCGAUCGACAGGCUCGAGCACCAAUCUUGUCGUGAGAAUCUCACGAUCAGCAAGUCCGGUCAUACCAACACGGUGAUGAAGUCCAAGUCCGCAUCCAGCGUCGACGCUUGGAAGGAGGAUCUCGAUGGCAAACUCGAUCGAGGUUCAAGUUGCAGGGCGCAUUCCAAGAACUCCUCUAGUCCCAGUGGCGGCGACGAGGGCCGCGUCAAAGUGAAGCGGUGCGCCAAUGUCGUCUCCUCUACGGCGAUGGAAAAAUGGAAGGAGAGCAGCAGGUGCGAAACGCGCAGCAGAUCGAUCGCACCGAAAGAUCUGAAGAGCCCGUUGCAGUUUGAAGAAAGCAUUAUGUGGCAAAACAGCGGCGCUAAUGAUUCGCCGAAGGGUCUCGAGGACAGAUUACGGAACGUAGGUGGUCCGGGUGAUGUCACUGAUGAGGAUUUGCCGGCGUACAUAGGCAGUCUCCUUGUCACCGUCGAGAGAAAGAUCGAGAGGGUCUCGCUCGACGAUAUGACGUUCCCUUGUCCGGCGUGUAGAAACAUAGACACGGACGAUCCGCUCUUAGGAUGCAAAUGCGCUGGCGACGAUUGCGGUUGUGGCAUCGGCGAGGAUAACUGUGACUGCUCUUCCUCCGUAUCCUUCUUGCGGAAAGAACAAUCCGCGAAGAGCUUCGAAGUGGCAGGAAUCAAGCAUAUCGAUAGUGACGACGAGGAGGAAGUGCGGAUGGGAUUUGGAACCAAAAAGCGAAUCGACGAAGUAGCAUUACCGAGGACUAUUCACGACUUGCCGGAACGCGUUCUCACAUGUGGCCUGUCACUUCCCGGAUACAUAGACGUCGUCGGGAGACCGGUUAUCGAAUUCGAGGACAACGUUUCCACAAGGGAAGAUCUCUCCGUUAGAGAGACAUCGUCUUUUCUGCUCUAUCUCGCUCGUCUACCCAGCGCUGAACGCACGAAAGAUGGCUUCACUAUUUUCAUCCUCAGUGAUUCUAAGGAGAGUCUCGAGUUUAUGGACAAAAUGCUGGUUUUACUUCAGGGCAAAAUCAAUGUGGCGCAGACUCUCGUGUUUCGGAAUGCUGUGUCAACGCAUGGACCGAUCGAUUCUCUCUUACCUCUCAGUAACGUCCAGACUGUCGUCGUGAAUGAUGCCACUCUCGCCAAAUAUAUUUCCAGGCGAGAAGAAAAUCACGAUCAGAUGCAAUGGAUCGCUUUUUACAAGGAGUACGACAGCCUCAUGACGGAGUGGCAAUCGGCUGGUCGCAGGUUGGCCCUCGAAAUGUCGGAGUUGAAGGAAUGUGCGAGUCUAUCUGGCACUUUGACGCCUCUCGGUCGGCUCCUCACGGACCCCACAUUGAGAAGAACGUCUAGAGAUGCCGAAGAAGCUAUCGCCGCGCUCGAGGAACGCGCGGCCCCGCUUUUGCACAUCGAGCACGUUAGAUUGUCGGUGAAACGAGCCCACAGAUUGGUGGAGGAGGUGGGUAAAGCCGCCACCAGGCUGGAGUCUUCGUUCGAGUCGCGACGCGCGACUAUUCGCAAUCUCGCGGUUCUACGGAGCAUCGAGGAUCAGGCGCACGAGAUACUGUCCUGGCUUUGCAAAAAAGGCGAAGACAUCCUGUCCAAGCACGCACAACACACAACGACGAACAUAGCGUCAGCGCGGCUUCACGAACGCGAAUUCGAGAAAUUUUAUUUCACGUCGAUGAGACACCUGGACAAAGGAAGCGAUCUUGCUGAGGCGGCGAGCGCGAGCGGACUUCGCGAGCUCGCGAGAUCCUUAAAGCAGCAUCUACGAGGAUUCGGCUCCCGCUUGGAAGAUAGACGGGAAUAUUUGGAGGACACAUCGAGAUGCUGUCUCCUUCAGGAUCGCGCCUACGAAUGGGCGCAGGAAGCUCGUCUGGCAAGCGAGAGGAGAUCCCAGCAAUUCCUGAUGGCGAGGCCACCUCUGCCACCCGAACACUUCACCGAGAUGAUGGCUCUGGCGGAGAAGCUCGGUAAUGAAGUCCUUUUAGAGCAAUGUCGUAUCGCGCGAAACAAGUGCGCGGAAGCCCUUGAGAUCGCUAGGACUACAUCCGCCCCGGGAAGUCCCGCGAGAAGAAGAUCCUUCGCUGCUUCCGAGUCAACCUCCUGGGAUGAUACUUUAGCAAAAAGGACAUCGUGGGAUGAUAGCGACAGCAGCGCUUCUUACGCUUGUCCGAUGGAAAGUGUCGGAUCAGCCGGCAGCGGUGGUCGUCCGGUUCUGGACAACAUUGCUGAACUUCGAGAGAGUGCUGAACAACUUUUGGAUUGCUCGCCACCACGAACUCCUCCGCGAAGUCCGGCUCCAAGAAGGCUAGUUAAGCCACCGGUGAAUUCGCAUCUUCACAGAUCAGCCAGCAUCGCGCCAGGAAUGAAGGCAAAAAAAACAAUACUGCUCAUAAUGAGGGAGAUGAUACAGACUGAACGAGACUACGUGAAGUCACUCGAGUACAUAAUAGAGAACUAUAUCCCGGAACUCGUGCGAGAGGACAUUCCGCAGGCUCUUAGAGGACAGAGAAACGUAAUCUUCGGGAAUGUUGAGAAGAUAUACGAAUUUCACAGUCAACACUUUUUACGCGAACUGGAGCAAUGCGAGCAAUCGCCUAUGCUUGUGGGACAAUGUUUUCUCAGACAUGAGAAAAAAUUUUACCUUUACGCCUUGUAUAAUAAAAAUAAACCAAAUUCGGAUUCAUUGAUGGCGGAAUACGGCACGAGCUUCUUUAAACAAAAGCAAUUAGAGUUGGGGGAUAAAAUGGACUUGGCUAGCUAUUUAUUGAAACCAGUCCAACGGAUGGGAAAAUAUGCUUUGCUACUUCAGCAGCUAGUUAAAGCCGGCACAGAUUUAUCGGAACAAUUGUCUGGCAAAGAAGAAAAGGAGGAAAAGGAAGAUAAUAUGAAGCCGAUAGUCGAAGGUGAAGCGGAUUUAAGGGCUGCCGAACAAAUGGUUCGAUUUCAACUUCGACAUGGAAACGAUCUUUUGGCAAUGGACUCGCUUCGCGAUUGCGACGUAAAUGUAAAAGAACAAGGAAGAUUAUUGCGACAAAACGAAUUUUUAGUCUGGCAAGGAAAAGGCAAGAAAUGUCUGCGACAAGUCUUUUUGUUCGAAGAUCUUAUACUUUUCAGUAAGGCAAGAAGAUUCCCUGAUAGAAAGAACCUUGAUAUUUACAUCUAUAAACAUAGCAUUAAAACGACGGACAUUGGUUUGACUGCUGUUAUUGCGGAUUCGCCCACAAAAUUCGAGAUUUGGUUCCGUAAGAGAAAACCAGGCGAUACGUAUACAUUGCAGUGCGCGAGUGAAGACAUUAAGAAAGCCUGGACCGAGGAGCUUAGCAACCUUUUGUGGAAACAGGCGCUUAGAAACAGAGAAGUGCGCCUGGCAGAGAUGUCGAGCAUGGGUAUUGGGAAUAAGCCGUGUUUAGAUAUAAGGCCUAGCGCAGAUCAGAUUAACGAUCGUUCUAUCAGCGUAGCUCAACUCUCUAAGACACCCAGAUUUAGAAACUCUAUAGCGGUGUCAAUGGCGGAAGACUCCAAUCGUUGCAGCAGAAGGCCACACAGCGUAAUUUCCGUUAGUUCGUCUUCGAGCAGUGGUGGAAGUAGCGGCCCACCUACGACGCUUAAUCUUGGAUUAGAUACGAGUCCACGACCGCAUCAUCGUAGCACCACACUGAACAGCCAGUGUAGCGUUGAAAGUGGUAUUAUCGCUGAUAUCUCAAUCGUGUCGGAUGAUGGGGGUGACGGUACCGAAAGAAGUCCUUGGAAUUCAACCUUGGAGAGUCCUACGUCUUUACCUACGACCUCGACCCCUUUGCAAUCGCCAACUAGCGGAACGGCGGCGACGGUUACUCCCGUAUCUUCGACAGACGCGAAUCUCACAUCUUAUGAUCAAGACAUGUCUAUUAAUCUAUGAACCUUUCUCAAUAUACAGAGAAUAUCGCGAAAACGCGAAUCUAUAAUUGAUUCACUUGCAAGUUUGUGUUACGAUUACAGAGAUGUGACACAUUUAUUUGUCGCGACAUAUUUAAUUAAAUAUUAUGAGAUAAUAUCGUCGCACGCAUCACUCUAUCGAAUCAUCCAUCACAUUCUUGUGCAACUUAUAUAGUUUAAUGCGAGGUGAUGGUCAAAAUAUAAACUCGCAUGCAAUCUGAUAAGUCGCUGCGCUUAACAUGUGUGCCCAGCUAUGGAACUUGUAAUCGUAUUACAUAUAAAUGUAGAUUCUCUUAUCCUAUAGCUACAGAAAUGGUACUGAAUUUUAACAUUUAACUUUCAAGUGAAUCUGUCUCUGUAAAUUUAUUUUUUGAUACGCUUCGAAAUUCACAGGUCGUAUAACUAUUGAGCUAUUACUUGUGAAGCUUAUUGAUAACUGGUUUCCGAAGUAAUAGCAACAUGUAUUUUCUAAUUCCGUCUCAUUAAUUUUAUCGACGUGCUCAAGACACGAUGCUAGAUAGAUAUGUUCUAUCAAAUGUAUGAUUAUAUCGAGGUAUGCUAUAGUACCAUAAAUGAUAUGCACUGGUCGCUACUCUCAUUUACAUUGGCAUUCCUGAUUACAGCGGUGGAAAAUUUUGUGAAUCUUCCCCGAUAACUUAUGACAAUUUUAUAUACUUUUAUUUAUAUAUAUUAUAGUUGAUAAAUAUAAUAUUUUAACUCCACAUUGUGUUCGCGCUUACUGUAUUAAGGAAAAUAUAUAAUCUUAGUGAUGCGCGAAUCGUAUAGUAUAGAAAAAUUGGAGAAAAUAUAUAUUUUCCUUAAUUAUCAUGCUAUCUCAAUGAUGAAUCUAACAAGUUUUGAUUGUGAAUUAUAUGUUCAGGAAUGUGUGUCAAAUCUAUGCGCACAUAUACAUACUAAUUUGUAAUAUAAUGUAAUAUCAAAGGUUUAUACAAUGUAUAGCCACAAGUAAUAUAACCAAUAGUCUCUAUAUAUUAUUUCCAGAUUAUAUAUAUAAAAUAUUAUAUAUUCUUUUUAUGUCAGUCAUUUGUAAAAUCUUCUAUUAUCCAUCAUAAAUGUAAAAUUAACUCUGGCCUGUACUCAAAAGCCAAAUUUCUGUUAGAGAGUACUUUCAAUUAUGUUUAAAGAAUAAAAUUAUUUUAAUAUAUGUGUGGAUAAAUGUUUUGGAACAGCUUAGAAUCAAUUAAAAUGGUAAGCUUGCCUUAAGACAAUCCACACUCCAUAUUCCAAUGUCUUUAUUAAUAAAUCGAUUAGUUCAACUAUGCAGAAUCGCUCUUGACUUAUCUGCAAUAAUGGUUAACCAGAGAGAUAUCCUCCUUGUAAGUAUAAUACAUGUUAUUGUUAAAAACAAGUAUAUAAUAAACUUACAAUUUUAAGCAAUUUUAGACGAAAUUAUAUUCCAUGAAGGAAAAAAAUGAGAUCAAUUUUGUAAAUCUUUAUAGUAAUCAUCUAAUUCUUUUAAUUUGAGUAAAUGCGACAUUCAAAUAAUAGCUGUUUGCCAAUAUGUGAUUCUGCAUUGUUACACUGCUUCCAAGUAAGUCGAUUAAUUAGCCAUCCAUAUUGCCAAGGUCUGUCAAGGUAUUGUAAGUAUACCUUAUACAUACUGACCAAACUGUUUAUUUCAUAUUAUUAUCUUUUGUGCGAGGACAAAAAUCUCAAGUAUUUAGAAAUGUAGCUGUAGAUCAUAGAGUGUUACAAAGAAUUUUGGCACAGUCCAAUGCACCCUAUUUUAUUAUAAAUUAUAUUUGAUCGCGGUUUUAUAAUAAUUUUCAAUCAGAAGUAAAUUAAUUGCGUUUAUACAUGAGUUUAAAUUAUGAAUAUGCCAUAUAUCGGUGCACUUGACUGAGCAUCCCAAUCUUCGAAAGUAAAAUUAAACAAAAGAAAGUAAAUAAUUUCUAUUUUCCACAAAUCUGUGAAUGUAUGUUUAGUGUUGCUUUUGAAUGGAGGGAUGUUGGAAUAACAAUAACAACAUAGUACCUUAUAAGAAAAUAUGCCGAUAGUCACUUAAAAUAUUAUACACGUUUUUAGAUAUUUAUUAAUAUUUUUUUAAGUAAAACACUCUUUAGUCUUUAGAAUUAAAUAUUUCCAUUUUGAAUAAAAUGUAUAUAUUACAUUUGAUAAUAUAAUACCAUUAUUUCAGUAUUGUACUGUUGUCUAACACCGAUGUAUUUUGUUACUUGCUAAAUAUACUGUAUUGGGUGCCUUUUGUAGAGAAUUCAAA